GCAAAAAAACCGCGUGUGCUCGCGUGAGUGUGUGUUGUGUUGUGUUUGUGUUUUUUUUUUGGCCGAAAAGACAACAUUUGCCUGCUGUUUAGUGGUUUUACCAUUUAAACUGUAUUUGAAGCUGUAACUCGAGUUACAGUCUGCCCGCUUUGGUGCUAUUACAUCACGCAUAUAGUGCUCUGCUCUCUUGAUCGCCAUUAUGCAGUGAGAGGGAAUCUGCUUUCAUUGAGAAAAACGCGUGCGCAAGAGAGGGACAGGGAGAGAGGCUGUCGUUGAAAAAUCCUGAUUGGAAGUGGAGCAAAACUAUGGAAACUCUGCGAUUGUAAGGAAUGAAGAGAGUGAUGCUUGCGCUUAUCCGAGCUGCCAAAUGUUCCACACAAGUGAAGCUACAAUCAGCUACAAAAAGCUACGCAAUGCCAUCAAGUGUCCAGCCUAUUCCGACAUCUACGGGCAGUACAAAGACUCGUCCUUCGAGAAGUGCCAACAAUGGAGCAGCAAACUGCAGUUCCCAAGGUCAGCAGCAGCGGCAGUGGCCACCGAGGAGCCCAUUCAGAGUCGCACCCACAAGGUCUACGACAGCAUGAAGAACUUUCUGCACCGCAAACUGUUUGCCCAACCCUCGCAAAAGGAGCGGGCACCGAAUGAAGAGCCAACCAGUGAUUAUGAUGAGCAGGACCUUCUCGACUCCUCGUACCAGGCCGACGCGGAGGAAGAGGAGGAGGAAAGGGAUGCCGAUUGCAGCUGCAGCUCCAACUCCAACAGCAGCACCAUUUCCAGCAGUAGCCAUGCGGACACGCCCAAGCGCUCGCCCCAGAAGUCGCUGCUGUCGCUCAACUGCUGGCAGAGCAGUCAGCCAAGUGACUCCAACAAAGAGGAGGAUGAGUCCGAUGCCGGAAUCUCCGACUGCUGCCAGCUGCUGGUGGAGAACACAUCGAGCAACAAACAGCGUCGCAGCUCGCCCAAGAAGCGGACAUCCCUGCCCCGCUACAACAGCGCCAACAGCACCGAGGACGACGACGAUGAUGAGGAGCCGGAACUGUUGGCUUGCGCCUGGUACCAGCCCCGCAUCAGUGCGAAGGCCGCCCACGAGCAUCUGCAGCAGUCGACUCCAGGCAGCUUCCUGCUCCGCCGCAGCACGCCCCGCCACUUUGAGCUCUGUCUGCGUCUCGAACGGAAGGUGAAGACUUACCCCGUGCAGUCCACGCGCACCCAGAUGUACCGCCUGAAGGGGGCCAAGAAGCAGUUCAGCACUCUCAAGGCAUUGAUUACCCACCACUCGGUGAUGGCCGAGCAGCUACCCCUCACCCUGGACAUGCCCAGGGAGCGACAUGUGGUCAAGUCGUCCGCGGUGCGCUAUGCGGAUGACUUCGAGCCGCUGGAGUCUCUCCAGCUCCUGGGCAUACUCAAGAGUUUGCAGGCCAAGAGCAUUGAAAUAUAGACUUAGAGGGCGGCUGAGGGUAUUCUAGAGGGUAUUUUAAAGGGGAUUAUUAAUAUCGAACUGCAAAGGGAACGAUAGGUGAAAGAAAUAUCAUAUAGGAAUUGUUUUCUCUAUGCGUAUUAGUCCACUAAGAAGGCUUUUGUGAUAUAGUUUAUGGACCAGGGCCAGGAUCUGGUCCCCAGAUUUUAGUUGUACAUUGAGGGUCCACCAUUUACCAAUUAAUUGAAAUAUUUCUAUUCGUAUUGAUAAGUUUUCUAUUGUGAAAGUAAAUUAUACGUAAAUAAAAUCGGAACAAUGCAAUCAUC